AUGGCAGGUAAAUACGAACAUAGGCAGAGGGUGCAGGACUCAGGCAUCCCAGAACUAACUCAGCUCCGACUGGUGAAUGGCCCGAGUCGCUGUGCUGGGAGAGUCGAGGUGCUUCACAACCAGCAGUGGGGAACCGUGUGUGAUGACAACUGGGAUUUAACUGAGGCCAGAGUCGUGUGCAGGCAUCUGGGCUGUGGAACGGCAUUAUCAGCCCCACGUGGGUCUCGGUUUGGACAGGGAACUGACCGUAUCUGGCUGCAUGAGGUAAACUGCACAGGGACAGAAGCUGCCCUCUCCGAAUGCAGGGCUAGGCCUUGGGGAGAGCAUAACUGUAACCACGUAGAAGAUGCUGGUGUUGUGUGCUCAGACUCGAUCAUUCCAGACCCAGGUCCUCUCCAGCUGGUGAACGGCCCCAGUCGCUGUGCUGGGAGAGUCGAAGUGCUUCACAACCAUCAGUGGGGAACCGUGUGUGAUGACAGCUGGGACUUAUCUGAUGCUGGAGUUGUGUGCAGGCAGCUGGACUGUGGGACAGCGUUAUUAGCCCCGGGGAUGGCUUACUUUGGGAGAGGUUCUGACACCAUCUGGAUGGAUGAGGUUAACUGCACAGGGACAGAAGCUGCCCUCACCGAUUGCAGGGCUCGGCCUUGGGGAAAAAAUAACUGUCACCAUGGAGAAGAUGCCGGUGUUGUGUGCUCAGACUCAGGCAUUUCAGCAGUGGCUCAACUCCGACUUGUGAAUGGCCCAAGUCGCUGCGCUGGGAGAGUCGAGGUGCUUCACAACCAGCAAUGGGGAACCGUGUGUGAUGACAACUGGGAUUUAACUGAGGCCAGAGUCGUUUGCAGGGAGCUGGGCUGUGGGACGGCAUUAUCAGCCCCACGUGGGUCUCGGUUUGGACAGGGAACUGGCCAUAUCUGGCUGCAUGAGGUAAACUGCACAGGGACAGAAGCUGCCCUCUCCGAAUGCAGGGCUAGGCCUUGGGGAGAGCAUAACUGUAAUCACGUAGAAGAUGCUGGUGUUGUGUGCUCAGACUCACACAUUCCAGACCCAGGUCCUCUCCAACUGGUGAACGGCCCCAAUCGCUGUGCUGGGAGAGUCGAGGUGCUUCACAACCAUCAGUGGGGAACCGUGUGUGAUGAUGGCUGGGACUUAACUGAUGCUGGAGUUGUGUGCAGAGAGCUGGGCUGUGGGACAGCGUUAUCAGCCCUAGGGGGGGCUCACUUUGGGAGAGGAUCUGACACCAUCUGGCUGGAUGACAUUAACUGCACAGGGACAGAAGCUGCCCUUAUCGAAUGCAGGGCUCGGCCUUGGGGAAACAAUAACUGUCACCAUGGAGAAGAUGCCGGUGUUGUGUGCUCAGGCUCAGGCAUUUCAGAAGUGGCUCAGCUCCGACUGGUGAAUGGCCCGAGUCGCUGCGCUGGGAGAGUCGAGGUGCUUCACCACCAGCUGUGGGGAACCGUGUGUGAUGACAGCUGGGACCUAAUUGAUGCUGGAAUCGUGUGCAAGCAGCUGGGAUGUGGGAUAGCGCUAUCAGCCCCAGGAGCAGGUCGAUUUGGGCGAGGAUCUGACCCUAUCUGGCUGGAUGAUGUUCAGUGCACAGGGACAGAAAUUGGCCUUUCUGAAUGCAGGGCUCGGCCUUGGGGAAACAAUAACUGUCACCACGGAGAAGAUGCUGGUGUUAUUUGCACAGACUCCGGCAACUCUGAAGUGAUUCAGCUACGACUGGUGAACAGUUCGAGUCGCUGCGCUGGGAGAGUCGAGGUGUUUCAUAACAAGAAGUGGGGAACUGUGUGUAAUGACAGCUGGGACCUAAAGGAUGCUGGAGUCGUGUGCAGGCAGCUGGGCUGUGGGACGGCGUUAUCAACCCCCACUGGAGCUCACUUUGGGCAAGGCUCUGACCAUAUCUGGCUGGGUAAUGUCAACUGCACAGGGACAGAAGCUGCCCUCUCCCAAUGCAGGGCUAGGCCCUGGGGAGACAGUAACUGCACCCAUGAAGAAGAUGCCGGUGUUGUGUGCUCAGGCAUUUCAGAGAAGACUUCGCUCCGUCUGGUGAAUGGCCCGAGUCGCUGCGCUGGGAGAGUCGAGGUGCUUCACAACCAGCAGUGGGGAACUGUGUGUGAUGAUGACUGGAACCUACAGGAUGCCAAUGUUGUGUGCAGGCAGCUGGGCUGUGGGCCAGCGUUAUCAGCCCCAGGUGCGGCUCACUUUGGGCGAGGAUCUGACCCCAUAUGGCUGGAUGACGUUCACUGCAUAGGGACAGAAGCUGCCCUCGCCGAUUGCAGGGCUCAGCCUUGGGGAAACUAUAACUGUCACCAUGGAGAAGAUGCCGGUGUUGUGUGCUCAGGCAUUUCAGAGCAGACUCAGCUCCGACUGGUGAAUGGCACAAAUCGCUGCACUGGGAGAGUCGAGGUGCUUCACAGCCAGCUGUGGGGAACCGUGUGUGAUGACAGCUGGGAUUUAGCUGAGGCCAGAGUCGUGUGCAGGCAGCUGGGCUGUGGGACGGCGUUAUCAGCCCCAGGAGGGGCUCGAUUUGGACGAGGCACUGAUCCCAUCUGGCUGGAUAACGUUCACUGCACAGGGACAGAAGCUGCCCUCUCUGAUUGCAGAGCUCGGCCUUGGGGAAUCCAUAACUGUAACCACGGAGAAGAUGCCAGUGUUGUGUGCUCAGACUCAUCCUUUCCAGAGCAGGCUUCAAUCCGACUGGUUGAUGGUUCGAGUCGCUGCGCUGGGAGAGUUGAGGUGUUUCACAACCAGCAGUGGGGAACUGUGUGUGAUGACAGCUGGGACAUAAAGGAUGCUGGAGUCGUGUGCAGGCAGCUGGGCUGUGGGAUGGCGUUAUCAGCCCCUGGGAGAGCUCGCUUUGGGGGAGGAUCUGACCAUAUCUGGAUGGAUGAUGUUCAGUGCACAGGGACAGAAGCUGCCCUUGCCGAAUGCAGGGCUCGGCCUUGGGGAGACAAUAACUGUCACCACGGAGAAGAUGCCAGUGUUGUGUGCUCAGACGCUGGCAUCUCAGAAGUGGCUCCGCUCCGACUGGUGAACGGCACAAAUCGAUGCACCGGGAGAGUCGAGGUGCUUCAUAACCAGCAGUGGGGAACCGUGUGUGAUGGCAUCUGGGACUUGUCUGAGGCUGAAGUCGUGUGCAGGCAGCUGGGCUGUGGGACAGCGUUAUCAGCACCACGUGGGGCUCACUUUGGGCAAGGAUCUGACCGUGUGUGGCUGGAUGAGGUUCAGUGCACAGGGGCAGAAGCUGCCCUCACCGAAUGCAGGGCUAAGCCUUGGGGAGAGCAUAGCUGUAACCCCGGAGAUGAUGCCAGUGUUGUGUGCUCAGGCACAGGGAUGGCCAGGUGGUGUCUGCGCACUGCCCCGUCCUGA